ACUUCCAUACAUACAUACGUACGCCUCCGAAAACAAGCGUUGAUCUUACAAAUUAGUCACCUCACCUAUUGCCGACAACACCGACAAUAUUUUCCCAGUAAUUCGAAAUACUAUACUGCGAAGUGUUUUAAAUCGUGGAAUAAUCCCUGGGGGCAUGUCCAAGCGAAAGGCCGAAGACGCACAAACCGACAAAAUGGCAACGGCGGAAAAAGUUCCACAGAAUGACUACACUAUUGGACUGGAGGAUCCUGUAAAGGACUACCAGAAGCUGAUCGAAACACGUGUGCAGGUGGACGAAAUCGUGGACGAUGAUGUCACCAAGGAGAAUUUCGAUCGGACGGCUGCAUCGGCGCGUGACGUCAUCUGGCGUUUGUUAUUCGAAGAAGCCGAUGCUUCACCAUCAAAUAUUGAAAAGGCCACCCAACUGCUGGAGGAAUACCGUGGUGAUGCCUGCUUCUACGACCCAACGCCCUACAACGAAUGGAUUGUCAAGCUGAGGGACGAGGUCCUCAAGAAGGAGCUCCUCGACUUUUGGCGCGAAGUCCUGGUUAAGAAGCAGUUGGGUCCCUGCUGGUCACGCGAUUGCGAUCUGUUCGAUAGCGACGACACACCACCAUUGGAGUUCUACGCCCAUGCCGGUUGUACAGCUCCAUUUGCGGCCAGUCUAAAGGUUCGUGCUGCUCUCGAGGAGAACGCUUCAGAGGAUCCGAACAGUCCGGCUGUGCCCACCACUCCGGGCGAACUCAGUGCCGACGAUACCGCCGCCUUGUCCGGUGAAUUUGAGGCCGUAAUCACCAAGGAAAAGCCGCUCGAGGAAUACCGCUCGCUGAUGAAGCGCUUCGUCCUGACCAAAAUCAUUGUGCCGGACAACGUUCACCAGGCCAGCGUGAAGAAGAUGGCCGCCGCCGCCAGGGAGAUCAUCUGGAAGCUGCUCUUCGACGGAAGCACUCCCUCGAAGGAGGAUCAGGACAAGGCCGCCGAGCUCUUGCAGGAGUACAAGGGCGAUGCUGGUUUCUAUGGCCCCGAUGAGUUCAACGGGUGGAUUGUCGAGCUAAGGGAUGAGGUCAUCAAGAGGGAGCUUCUGGACUUUUGGCGCGAUAAGAUGGUCAAAAUGGAACUGGGUCCCUGUUGUGCUCGUGAUUCCGAUUAUUACGACUAUGAGGAUACCCUGCCAUUGGACUUUUACGAAAAGGCCGGUUGCAAGGCUCCCUUUGAAGCCCCUACUGAUGAUGAUUAGGGUUCUCUUUAGAUCUGUGACUUGCAGUCUUUUAUCCCUUUGGAUGAAGGGUGUCGACUUAUCUGAGAUAUCAGUUGGCAAAGAAAAGUUGUAUACAGAGCCAAACUUGAAAACUAUAUUACUUUGGUAAAACCUGAAUUUAUUUUUAAUGACCAUCAAAGUUACUUUCCUUAUUUUCUAAAACCCUUUUCGGAAUCUCUCGAAUCACAAAUUGCAAAGCAUUUGACAUUACUUUGUAGAUCCGAAUGUCAGCAUUGUUAAAAAA